AUUCUGCAAAACAGAUAAAUAAACAAGAGAAUAAUAUGCUGAAGGUUAAAGAAAACAUGUCAAUAACUAAUGCGUCUAUACUUGAAACACCACCUGGAAGUAAAGACAACAUAGAAGGUUCCAGAAAUUUAGAAUCAGAAGAAGUGAUAGCAGAUGCACAAUCAAGUGAACCAAUAUAUAUCCUUAAGAAAUGGACUAGCCUCUUUACACAAUUAAGACAGAGACAAGCAACUUUUUCAAAAUAUACACCAAGAGUGGAAAUUACAACAAAGAAUAAUAAUGCACUCAUUUUUGAUAUUCGUAGUAUGGAUGACAUACAAAUAAAUAAUAUUAUCUCUAUUUUAUACAGUAAAAUAGGCAAUGAUCUAGUUGAGGUAAAACCUCACUAUACUAGAGAAAAAGAAUACAUUUAG